GCAAAUCUCGCGAGAUUUCCACAAUACUCUUACGCGGGAACAUCGGGGUUUUUCUUACAUACGCUUAAAAAAUACAUGAUGGCAUCUCGUGUAACAGAUAUGUUUUCAGAAAUUGACAAGUUUCGCACUGAACUGCUGAACAAUGUCGACGUUAUGACAGACUGCCAGCGAAUAGAAGAAGAAAUCAGCCAGAGGGAAAUUUUGACCCGCAUUGAAAACGUAAUCCUAGAAAUAGUGACAAGUCUUUCCAGAGAUGAGGCCCCUGUCCUGGCACUGCCCAACAGAUCCAGCUGGGCCAACAUCAGCUUUGACAGUGCCGUCGGGCUCCAGAUGAACUCAGGAAGUUCUGUCACCACCAUUAGGAGCGACUGUCCGUCGUCUGCCACUAAAUUUGCGCAAAUUCUCAAGAUUUUCCUGAUCAUCUACAGACUUGUGCAGAGCAACUCGUUUGCAACCAAAAGAGACAUCUAUUACAACAAUACGCAGCUGUUUGGCACCCAGAAGGCUGUUGAUGGUAUCGUGGAUGAUAUUUCCUGCAUGCUUAAGGUUCCUCGCCGAUCUCUACAUGUGAUGGCCACGUCGAAGGGAUUAAUCUCAGGUGAUCUGUGUUACAUGGAGGAGGACGGCACAAGGAUCGACUGCCGCUCCAGCUCUGCUGCUGUUGCAGUUUCAUCAAACAUUCGUGGGAUUAGAAAUAUUUUAUCAUCCGCAAAAUUUGUCAUGAUAGUCGAGAAGGACGCAACGUUUCAGAGACUUCUGGACGACGACUUCUGCACAAAGAUGUCUCCUUGCAUCCUAAUCACAGGUAAAGGCGUGCCGGACGUGAACAGCAGGUUGAUGGUGAGAAAGCUCUGGGACGCGCUGCACGUCCCCGUCUUCGCCCUGGUGGACGCCGACCCUCACGGGAUUGAGAUCAUGUGUAUCUACAAGUACGGAUCGGUGGCCAUGUCCUUUGAGGCCCACAGUCUGACCGUCCCCAGCGUUAUGUGGCUAGGCCUCCUCCCCUCUGACCUCCAGAGGCUGCGGGUUCCCGAGGAUGCCCUCAUCCCCCUCACUAGUAGAGAUGAGAACAAACUCCAAAGCCUCCUCAAAAGGCCAUACGUAACCAGCAAACCUGACUGGCAGAAAGAGAUGGAACUGAUGCAGCAGAGUAAGGUCAAGGCUGAAAUACAGUCACUAGCAGCCAUAGCUCCGGAUUUCCUCACCAGCAUCUACCUGCCCAACAAGCUGCGGUACGGGGGCUGGGUGUGAGCACAAUGAUGCCCCCUCCAGUAAUAACAAGGGAACUGCUAAAAGCUGGUUUCAAAACCAAAACCAGAUUUUCAAUUUAACUGUCCUGCCCUCGUCAUAUGGAUCAAAAUAAUAAGUUGGUAUGUAAUGUUUUUUUUUUAACGAGUGACUUUAACGAGUGACUGUUUGCUAAUUGCAAAAUGUCUCACCCUAUCAUUAAAGCCUUGUAAUCUCUAUGACAAGUCACAACCUGUUUGCGGUUUCUCUAUUCUUGUUAACUUUGUUUAUAUCCCCAAGAUGUUCGGGCCUGCUGUUGAAAACCUGCCAACCACACUAUGUGAAUCAGUUCCAUUCAUGGAGUUAAUUAUUCUACAAUUGUUUCAGCAUUGUCUUGCAUGAUUUAAAAACCACUGAACACCGCUGUGCAUGUUUUGUGCAGAGACAACAUGUUAACAGAUGAGUAGGGUGAUUUAGUGGCUCUGGCAUUUGUGUAACUAGGGCGACUCAUUUAG